GGCGGAAUCUUGCCUUUAGUGCGGAGGAGAGACAGGUAUUCGGGUACUCUGGCACGUUGAGAAGCCGUUAGGUGUCUGCCAGCCGUUACGGCAAUUCAAUAACUCCACCGAUUGAACAGUAAUCGUUUUAACACAAUUGACCAGUCGAGAUUUCCAGUCGACCAAAGAAAUGGUGAUGGAGAAGCCAAGUGCCCAGCUGGUCGGGCGAGAGUUUGUCCGACAGUAUUACACACUCCUGAAUCAGGCCCCUGACUACCUGCACAGGUUUUAUGGAAAGAACUCCUCAUAUGUGCAUGGCGGCUUGGACAGCAAUGGGAAACCACUAGAGGCUGUUUACGGACAAGCUGAGAUCCAUAAGAGGGUGAUGGCACUGAGUUUCCGGGAUUGUCACACCAAGAUCCGACAUGUGGAUGCCCACGCCACCCUGAAUGAAGGCGUGGUGGUCCAGGUGAUGGGCGAACUCUCAAACAACAUGCAACCCAUGAGGAAGUUCAUGCAGACCUUUGUUCUUGCACCUGAGGGUACAGUUGCAAAUAAAUUUUAUGUCCACAAUGAUGUUUUCCGCUACCAAGAUGAGGUGUUUGGUGACUCUGACUCUGAACCUCCAGAAGAGUCGGAAGAUGAAGUAGAGGAGCUGGAGAGGGUUCCCUCCCCUGAUGUGGGCCCUGAGGAGUCUGCCCCCUUCUAUGACCCAACAGCUUGUUCAGGACCAGCGGCUCCUGGUGAUGUAGAGGAAGAACCUGCAGUAAGCCCAGAACCAGAGCAUGAGGUGGAGAAGGAGGUGGAGGCAGCUGAGGUGGAGCUGAAAGCAGAGGCCAUGCUGGAGACGCAAACAGAAAGCCUCACAAUCGAAGAUCAGACGGAGAAAAGUCCCUCUACAGUCGCUCCCCCCUCCACAGAACCCGCCACAGCGCCAGCUGACACGGCUCCAUCUGCUCCAGAGGAAAACCGGCCGUUCUCUUGGGCAUCAGUUACCAGUAAGAACCUCCCUCCAAGUGGUGCUGUCCCAGUCUCAGGCUUCUCCCAACAUAUUGCAAAGGCUCCUCCUGCAGCUCAGCCAAGAGUGGAGGUUAAGUCUGAGACACAGACGGCACAGAGACCACAGAGAGACCAGAGGCCGAGAGAACAGAGGCCUGGGGGUCCUCCAUCCACCAACAGAGGGCCAAGGCCAGGUACAGUUAGAGAAGGUGAGCCGGGUGAGUUGGAGGGUCGCAGGAUGGUUCGGUACCCAGAUGCCCACCAGCUGUUUGUGGGUAACGUUCCUCAUGAUGUGGACAAGACGGAACUGAAAGAGUUCUUUGAACAAUAUGGAAAUGUCCUGGAGUUGCGGAUCAACAGCGGAGGAAAGCUCCCAAACUUUGGCUUUGUGGUUUUUGAUGAUUCUGAACCUGUACAGAAGAUCCUCAGCAACCGGCCCAUCAAGUUCAGAGGAGACAUCCGUCUGAAUGUGGAGGAGAAGAAAACCCGGUCGGCCAGAGAGGGUGACAGGCGAGAUGUAAGGCCCCGUGGUCCAGGUGGCCCCGGUGGUCCGAGAGAGCGAAUAGGAGGUGGCGGGGGACCCAGGGGCCCCCCUGUUCGCGGCGGCAUGUCACAGAAACCCAGCUUUGGUUCUGGACGGGGGGCAGGAGCUGCGGAGGGGCGCUACUCUGCUCCUCGUCAGUGA